ACAUCUCUCUGGGAUCCGGUUGUCUUUUAAAUUGUCCUUUUGGAAUGUCCUUAUCAUUUAGGAUGUCUCUGUCUGUAUGGGAUGCCCUUCCGAGACACCCCUCCCUGGAAUACUCUCCAUACAAAAGGCUUGUGUGAGAUGUCCCUGCCCCUUGAGGGAUGCUGAUCUCCGCCCCAUUGCCAGGCUGGCGCCCGGAGAGCAGCCGCCCAGAGCCAUCACCGACACUCGGGCGCUUUUUCUCUGUUAACCGUAUUGCUGAGGAGUCUCGACACUUACUGCGGAAUGGCAAACAUUUACCCACCGAAACUGAGCCCCCUGUUGAUGACUCCGGAGCCGCACUAUAUACCUGGAUAUGCUGGUUAUUGUCCUCAGUAUAAGUACAGUGUUGGGCAAAGCUAUGGGAAGCUGACCUCUAAGCUGCUCACAGAUCCUGCAAUAGCACGUUCUGGACAAUUACUUCUCCAGCCAAAUCAGGAUCAAGAAAUUAUCAAUAAUAUGGGGCCUGAGCAACAUCAAAAUCUGCACCAGAAUCAUAAAGUCAGCAGGAAAAGCCAGAAACUGACUGACUUAAUGGUCUCCGGAUACACUGGCUUUGUUCCUAGCAGGAACAUCUACUUUUCAAAAACCUACAGAGAAACCUGUACAGAUGCUGUUGCAGAUUUUGAGAGAGAGCAGCUUAAGAUUGCCUCAAAGAAGCAGGAGAUGGAAUUGAUAAAUGCAUUGCAGACUGGAAAAGCUAGGGCACAGACAAAGCAAGAGAAGAAACUUUUAACGGUCAAUUACAGGACACCUCUUAAAGCGAUUACUACUGAUCCUGUUCCUUACCACUCAUUGCAUUCUUACAAAGUACUGACCUCUCCAUAUUUCAUGCAAAAUGAAGACCCUAAUAAACAUUUUAUGUCAGGGUACAAAGGGCAUGUACCCCGUGCCCGAUUUCUGCUUGGAACCAGCUACCCUACCCUUACUCACUCUGCCUUGAUCGAAUUCAGCCAGAUGGUUAAUAAGUCAAAACCUGCAUCAAUUCCGGCUGGGAACUCAGUGAAAGAUAGUGAAACCCUGCCUUGGAUUAGGCACGUAUAUCACUCAGAAAUGGGAAUGCUGCCCCAAUAUUCAGGCCAUAUACCAGGGUACAAAUAUCAGUUUGGCCACACUUUUGGACACCUCACUGAGGAUGCACUAGGAAUGAGCACCAUCCAGAAACAAGUUAUGGAUUGAAAAUCUAAUGGAACAGAUCCCUUUCAUAUCUAUAAUCAAAAGAUAACCAAUAUUUAGAGAGCAAAAUGUAGUAGCAUGUUUACCAACUGCAAUCAUUUAACUUGAAUUGAAAGAUUGUACAGUUAUUAUUUCUGAUGCAAAGGUGAUGGUGAAACUAAUUUCAAAGUUGCUUUAAAGCAUUUACA